AUGCCCGCAACAACAAGCCCACCAUCACACCCCCAACACUGGGCGGGGGACAUCAACAGCUACUUGGCGGAAAACAAAAUAACCUGCAAAUCUGCAACUCCCAUCACAGCCGGCACGUCUUGCUACCUGUGGCGGCUGGACGGCUUCCACAGUCCCUUGCACCCGGCGCCAUCGCCGGCCGUGCUCAAGUGCGCCGACUCAACGCCCAAGUACAGCGACGACGCCGUCUCGCCCGCCCGUCUGGCCAUCGAAGUCCGCGCGCUCAACUCGCCCGUGGUGGCCGCCGCGACGGCAGCUGAGCCGUCGGUGCGCGUGCCGACGGUGCUGCAGCAGACGGAAAACGGCUUCAUCAUGUCCUGGGCCGGCGACGUCAAUCUGCUCGAGGCGUUUGCGCAGGACCAGCAGCUGGACUACGCCGACGUUGGCGCGCGCGUCGGCAAGUGGCUGGGGAACCUCCAGACCGCCGGCGUCGCCGAGGGCCCGGGCGGCUUCGACCCCGUCAACCCGGAGCUCGGUCGGUUCUACAACCCCGGCGGGUUUCUGGACAAGCUCGUGCAGUCCGCACUGCCGGACCCUGCCGAAAGCGAGGCGGUGCUGGCGGCGCUGCGCGGGGUGCAGACGGCCCGGACGUUGACGGCGUGGGACUUCCGCCCGAUGAACACCCUGCUGUCCUCGGCGGGAGGUCCCAAGCCGGAUCUGUACAUUGUGGACUGGGAGCUGUCGCAGUUUGGCGAGGCGGUGGGUGACGUGGCCAUGUGGGCGGUCGAGGCCAUGGUCCUGGAGGCGAAGCACGGAGACCGCGGGAUGCUUGCGGCAUUUUUGCAGGCAUACAGACUGCACUCUGCCGGCAUCAUCGACGAAGCGUUCAAGAUCAAGGCCGGGAUGCUUACUGGGGUCAUGUUGGUUUACUUUAUGCGCAUAGCGGAGCGCCUUUGGGGCUGCACCGAGGAUGAGGUUGCAGCCUGGCGGGAGAGAGCAAUAGAGUUUCUGCGGGCGGGUGCCAACAAGAACUGGGAGUUUUUGGAGUCUAGCGAGAUUGGGAUCCUGAUGGGUUAG